AUGACGAACAAUUCAAUUCUGCUUAUCUCUGUGGGUAAACUGAGGGAUUGGGCAUUUGUUUUCAUUGCAGCUGAUUCGGAAUUUCUCAGCUGCAGGAUGAGGCAGAAUUAUUGCUCUAACACCAACAGGAUUCUGUGUAUACUUCUUCAUCAUUUAUUUUUUAUAUCCACGACCUUGGCCUUUGCGAAGACAACCAUAUCUGGAAUUGAAUCAGAUCAUUUGGCUCUACUUGAUCUGAAAAGUAGAAUACUCAACGACCCACUCAAAAUCAUGAGCUCCUGGAACGAUUCCAGGCAUUUAUGUGAUUGGACUGGCAUUACUUGUAAUUCCACCAUUGGAAGAGUUGUGGUCUUGGACUUGGAAGCUCACAAACUGAGUGGUUCGGUACCAACUUCUUUAGGAAAUAUGACUCAUCUCAUUGAAAUUAGAUUGGGAGACAACAGAUUCUACGGCCAUAUUCCCCAAGAAUUUGGCCAGCUACUACAGUUACGUCAUCUCAAUUUGUCUUACAAUAACUUCAGUGGCGAGAUUCCAGGAAAUAUAAGUCAUUGCACCCAGCUGGUUCAUUUGGAGUUGGGUAACAAUGGGCUUGAAGGUCAGAUUCCACACCAGUUGUUCACGUUAACCAAGUUGAAACGACUCAGUUUUCCCAAUAACAAUUUGAUUGGAACCAUCCCAUCUUGGAUAGGAAACUUUUCUUCCCUCCUUCAUUUAUCAGUCGCGUACAACAAUUUUCAAGGAAACAUUCCCAACGAACUCGGGCACCUAAGAAGAUUGGAGUUCUUUGCAAUUACAGCAAACUAUUUGACAGGUACAGUGCCACUUUCACUCUUUAAUAUAACUUCUUUGACUUUGAUGAGUCUUACUGUAAAUCGACUACAAGGAACUCUACCACCAAAUAUCGGAUAUACAUUACCCAAUCUUCAGAUCUUUGUUGGUGGUGGCAAUAAUUUCACAGGGUCUAUUCCCACGUCGUUUGCCAACAUCUCCGGUCUUCGAGAACUAGAUCUUCCUAGUAACAGUUUCGUUGGAAUGCUACCUAAUGAUUUGGGGAGCUUAAAGGACUUAGAGAGACUCAAUUUUGAAGACAACAUACUUGGAAGUGGAAGAGUUGGCGACUUAAAUUUUAUCAGCUCCUUGGCUAAUUGUACUAGUCUAAGGGUUUUGGGUCUGUCUUGGAAUCAUUUUGGAGGAGUAUUGCCUUCAUCUAUUGGCAACCUUUCAAGCCAGCUCAAAGCGCUAACCUUGGGUGCAAAUAUGUUAAGUGGAAGCAUUCCUUCUGCGAUCUUAAACCUGAUUAACUUGCAACAACUAGUGGUGGGACAGAAUAAUUUGAAUGGUAGUGUUCCUUCUAAUAUUGGGAAUCUUCAAAACUUGGUGAAGCUAUUUUUGCAAGAUAAUAAUUUAACUGGGCCAAUUCCAUCGUCUAUUGGUAACUUGUCUUCGAUCGUUAAGCUUUACAUGAACGAUAACAGACUUGAAGGAAGCAUACCAAGAAGCUUGGGAAAUUGCAGAACGCUUCAAAUCCUUGACCUAUCUGGGAACAAACUAAGUGGCUUUAUACCAAAUGAAGUUCUUCAUUUGUCUUCCUUUUUGGCCUAUUUGGCCUUGAAUAAUAACUCACUUACUGGUCCAUUACCACUUGAAGUGGAUGAGGUGGUUAGUUUGAUAACGUUGGAUGUAUCAAAGAACAAAUUAUCAGGUAACAUUUCUAGCAAUCUUGGUAAAUGUGUAAGCAUGCGUUACUUGGAUUUGAGUGGUAACCAAUUUGAGGGAACAAUUCCUCAAUCUUUAGAAACUUUGAAAAGUCUUGAAGUACUAAAUCUUUCCAGUAACAAGUUGUCUGGGUCAAUUCCCCAAUUUCUUGGUAAGCUUCAGUCACUCAAAACUCAACAAAUCAACUAUGGAUUCUCCAUGGACAAUUUGAUCGGUUCGGGUAGUUUUGGCUCUGUGUAUAAAGGUGUUCUUUCAAAUGAUGGAUCUAUUGUUGCCGUUAAGGUUCUAAAUCUCCAACAACAAGGUGCUUCCAGGAGUUUUGUUGAUGAAUGCAACACUCUCUCAAACAUACGGCAUCGGAAUCUCCUCAAGAUCAUAACUUCCUGCUCAAGUAUUGAUGUACAAGGCAACGAAUUCAAAGCAUUAGUCUUCAAUUUCAUGUCCAAGGGAAAUCUUGAUUGUUGGCUUCAUCCUGCAAAUCAAGGACACGAUCAAAGAAGGUUGAGUCUCCUGCAAAGAUUGAAUAUUGCUAUUGAUAUAGCAUGUGGAUUAGAUUAUCUUCAUAAUUUUUGUGAAACUCCUAUUGUUCAUUGUGAUCUAAAGCCUAGCAACAUAUUGCUUGACGACGAUAUGGUAGCACAUGUAGGAGACUUUGGGUUAGCUAGAUACAUGUUGGAAGGACCGGAUGAACAAUUAUCUUUUAGUCAAACCAUGUCACUUGCACUUAAGGGUUCUAUAGGGUAUAUUCCUCCAGAGUACGGCACUGGUAGCAGAAUUUCCAUCGAAGGAGAUGUCUUCAGCUAUGGUAUACUACUAUUAGAGAUGAUCAUUGGAAAAAGACCCACUGAUGACACAUUUGGUCAUGGUGUGGACAUUCAUUUGUUCGCUACCAUGGGGCUAUCUCGAGAUGCCUUGGGCAUAAUCGACCAUUCUAUGCUGUCAGUAGAAAUAGAUCAAGAAGAAGAAAGCGAAGACAAGAUACAAGAAAUAGCGGCAAUGAGUGAGGAACAACACAGAAACAUCAUACCAAGAUAUGUGGAAGAAUGCCUAGUAUCAAUGAUGAGAAUCGGAUUGUCAUGCUCCUUGAGGGCACCUAGUGAGAGAACACCGAUGAAUGUGGUCGUUAAUGAAUUGCAAGCAAUUAAAAGCUCCUAUCUCGAGUUUAAAAAGACACGGCAGAGGUAACAUAGAUAUUUGUUUCCCCAAGCUUGGGAGAAGAAUGAAUAUACUUGGCCACAAAAAACAACGGGUCGUGCUAGAAAUUCCACCUUUCAAAGCAUCCAAGUUGACAAUUUACAAUAGAUGGUGAAAUGUUUCUCAAUUAUGAUGAUAAGACCGCUUUUCCCUUUUUGUUCUUAGAGUAAUAAACUGAUUAGAUUUAUUACUCAUUUUACGUUAUAUUUUUCUUUCCAUGCAACUACUUGCAAUGUUCAAAUUUAUUGCAAUAUCAAAAUCAAGGAACAAACAAUAAAUCUCAGUAUAGGACGAUGAAAGCGCUAAGAGUAAGAAGAAAAAUAAAGCGAAGAAUAAGAAAAACAGUGUUCGAAGAACGCACUUGAAGAGUUCGCCGUCCACCGUACGUGCUGCCAGGAAGAGGUUUCGCAAUUGUAUCCGAAUUCGGCUACUCGCUCUCGUCGUCAGGGUGUUUGCCGCCGUCGUUACCUCAGUCGCGGAAGCAAUCGGAGGAGUGAGCGCCAUAGAUUUGGGGGGAAAUUAUUUCAAAGGGCAACAACGUCUUCUUACCUCAGAAAACUACCGUUUGUCCGUAAACUAGAAAGGAAGAAAGAAGUGCUCCCAAAUUUUUGUAAUUGAAUAAAUAAAUUGGUUAACUUUCCUAAAA